GAACGUCCGACGCAGAGUUUAUCAGAGGACCUGGACGAGUGCCAAACACGAAUAAGCACAGCGUUGAAGGUUCCAAUCCCAUAUGGAUGCACGCUUACGAGAACGAAUGGUUUAAGAGCGACGAAUCUAUCAGUCAUACAUCUGAAAGAGACUCCCUUGACGAGAACGCGUUGAACAACGAAGAAAUGAUGAACGAGGCUAAUACAGACCAAAGAAACAGCGACAAACCAUAUUACAUCGAACCGAGAGUCUCUUCCGUUUCAAGUACUGAAAGUGUUGCGAAUAUACCGAACGACUUUCAUCGAAGCUCACCGAUAUAUCGGACGCAAAAUGUCAUCGUCAAUCCUCUUGGCAAGAAAAUCGAGACGACGGAACUGUAACUGAACAACGACAACACAUUCUGACUGCAAAUAAAUGCUAGCAUUUGUAGGCUUGUAAGAACUGUAAAUUUAGGAUUACUUAUGUAAAUAGUAAGACUUCGUACAAACGUAGUAUGUAUUUAAUAUUUAUUUUAUAGCAGUUUUAUAAGGAAUUAUCAUGACGAAUAUUUUAUAGGAAGAAUUUUCAUAUUUUAUCUAUUGAUAUUUCAACGAAGAACGAAAAAUACAAAAUAUAAUUGAGCUCACUUGAUUUUACGAAUGAUCUCCGCACAUUAAUAUAAU